CGUCAUUUAGCAAGGUUGGUGCUUGCAUUUUUGUUGCUAAAUGGUUUGAAAUUUUUGUAGCGUCAAAUUGAAAACAUUUUAUGAAAUGCAUUAUUUUUCUACGGAUCAAAUGGACACUUAAACAUCGUAUGACAUCCAUUUUUUUCCAAACAACAUUCAACGGUUUAACGUUACUGCAAAACAAGAAAUUGUAAAAUUGUUGAAAACUUUGAUGAAAGGCUACUUAUGAAUGGAUUUUGUAAGAUUGCUUCCUUAUAGCCGUAGUUUCACCAGCAACGUAUUAAGACAUGAAUGAUGGAUGUUUUCCAUUUAAGAUGAAUGUAACGUUAUAGCAGUACAGUACAGUAGUUUGUCAUAUUUAAGGAAAGCUAGCUACCUUAAAUAUUUACGUACAUACUUAACUUUCUAGAUGUCAGAGGUCAUGGUAACGUUUAGACACUUUUUUCUGCUUUACGUUACUGCUAAUAAAGCUACAGUCACUAUACAAGUGUAGCCUUACUAUCUAUUAGCUUACUAUCUUCAUUUUCAGAUAUAUCUGCUGUUCCCUACUUUACAUUUUCUUUUCUCUACAUUUUUACAUGUUUAGGCAUUUUUGUUUUAUUCCCUACUUAAAUAGGCCUUUUUCACGAAAGACAUUUUGACUUGUCACAGGAAAAGCACAAGUGUAUAUCAUACAAUUCGUGAGUAUCAGGGGUCCUGGUGUUGUGCUUGCUGGCUCACUGUCACUCUCACUGGCCCCUCAAUAACUGUGGUUCAUCACUGUGGUUCAGUGAGUCAGGUUGAAGUUGGGUGGAUCUAUACUGGUAAUUGCGUGAUGUCACCAAACUGUGUGUUAAGAUACAGUCUAUGGUUAAGAGGCCUAAGUAGGCAACACAAUUAACGUUAAGUGAAAACACCUGUGUGUAGUGGAUGAAUCAUAAUUCCCAUUCAUAGCAUGAAAUGCUGUAAUGAGCACAUUGUUAACAGUAAGAACGUCUUUAUAAAACGCUGGUUGUUUAUCCUGUAGAUAUUGUGAGCGAACAGAUGCAUCACAGCAGCACACAGGUGUUAAUAAAAGUAUUUGAAUUCUAUUUAACUGCGUCAGUGCCAGGGUCUUGGUGUUGUGCAUGCUGACUCACUGUCACGCUGUCGUGGCUUACGGACAAUGGAACCGUCAUUAAUGUUAUUAGUAACACUUCUCCCAUUAUUACGAGUCAAAAGGUCUGCGGUGAAAAGAAAAAAAUCUAUAACUGUCCCAAUUCUGUCAAAGCUUGUUGGGAUUUAUUUGAUUCUGAUUUGUUUUUGGCCAGUCAGCAGAGUAUCUUGGCAAUGAUCCCUGUCCUCAAACGUUGAUCCUCCGCAUAUAUGCCCGCCAUCUAUUUUUAAUAUAGUAAAAUGUGUGAAGCAGUGGAGUUGAAAGUGAGUAUUGUCUCCCACAUUUCUCCGUCUCCAUGCUGCAGCAGGAUGGUACUCUGUGCAAUGAGGCGGCAGCUCCUGAGGAGCAGCAGCUGUGCAGUCUGGGCCAGGCUGCUGCUGCAGAGACAGAGCGGUGGUUGUGUGUACUCCAGCGCCCAUGGCUUCAACCAGGAGGAGAUCACAGAGAAGCUGCAGGCCUUUCCUGGAGGCUCCGUUGACCUGCUCAAACAGGAGUCUGGCAUCGCUGUGCUGACCAUCAACUACCCCUCCCGCAUGAAUGCCUUCUCCGGCAGUAUGAUGGUGGAACUGGAGGAGAGGGUGAGCCAACUGGAGAGCUGGAUGGAGGGUAAAGGCGUCAUUGUUCAGGGAGCUGCUGGAACUUUCUGCUCUGGAUCGGACCUCACUGCUGUCAGGGCGAUAUCUAACCCACAGGAUGGGAUGAAGAUGUGUAUGUUCAUGCAGAAUGCUCUCACAAGACUACUCAGGCUGCCUCUGAUCUCUGUCGCUCUGGUGGAGGGGAAGGCGCUGGGAGGAGGGGCAGAACUCACCACUGCCUGUGAUUUCAGGUUAAUGGCAUCUGGCAGUGUGAUCCAGUUUGUCCAUAAACACAUGGGCCUGGUCCCAGGCUGGGGCGGCACCGCUCGACUUAGCCGCAUUGUCGGAAGCCAGAACGCCCUGAAGCUGCUUGGUGGUUCUCUAAAAGUGGAUCCCGAACUUGGCCUGCAGAUUGGUCUGGCGGAUGGAGUGCUGGAGGUCCGCCGGGCCGAGGAAGGUGCAGGGGUUGUCCUACAGCAGGCUGAGAACUGGCUCAGCCACUAUACGGAAGGAGCUGCCCCAGUGAUCCAGGCUGUGAAGAAGGUAGUGUUGUCAGGGAGAGAGCUCCCUCUGUAUGAGGCUCUGAGGACUGAGAAGGAUGUUUUUGGGACGGUGUGGGGCGGUCAGGCUAACCUGCAGGCUCUGGCUAACAAGUCCAAACACAGAUGAGCUCCUAAGAGCUUCUCAGAUCAGCUAAGAAGCCCCGUUCAGGUCAAAAUUGUGUUGAGAACUGCUACAGACUGACUCUUAAUUUACAUCAACAAACUUAGUCCUUUGAUGUGCUGAAGACAGUAACAAUGCUGCUCAUGUAAUGUGGACUCUGGGAAUGAAGAGUUGCGUGAUGAAAGGUUUCUUCUUUGUUGGUAAGGACUACGAACUUUAUAAUUUCAAUAAAUCAGCUGGGGCAUUGCCUCUGAUACAAUAA